UUACUUUGCAAGCUUGCUCGCCCUUUUGUCAUUAUCAUUCCUUUUCGGGCAUACUCCUGAGUUUUUCUCCUUCCAUUGAGUUCCGGUCAGUGUAACGCUAACGCUGCCUACGAUUGAUCUGGCCUGUGUAUCCCUUCAAUUGGAUCGGCGCCGGCGCCCCAUUCUUCGACGACGUUCGUGAUGGCGUCGAACCUCCCCAUCCCUAUUCCUCCGCGCACUCCGACUCCGCCCGCGGAUGACCCUGCCAGCGGCGCGUUCGAGCCAUCCUCCGCUCUCUACGAUAAAGACUCAUUGUCGCCUCUGCGGGAUACAUUCACUCCCGCCAGGAGUGCUUUGGAUGUCAAUGAUCCGACUCGUUUGAGCCCGACGCGGGCUGGCUUCAAUCUGAGUCCAGCCAAUGCUCGAUCACAAGCCGAACAGAGCGACAAUGUCUCGGCUGGACCGUUCAAUUUUCAGACAACGACGAUGGCCAAGAGCCCCGUUGUCAAGUCUAAUAUCGGACAGCGGCGCGGACACAAGUACAAGCACAGUAGUAUAUCGCAUCAGAUCUUCCUCGAGCCACCACCUCGAGCUCCCCUAGCAUUGCCCAACUCGUUGCCCAUACCCACCUUCAAGGAAUAUCGAUCUAGUAUGUCCAAAGACCAAACGACUCGGUUCUGGUGGAGCGUGUGCCACAUGUCUGUCGCAGCAUAUACGCUGUGGAGCGCGCAUGGCUCCUUGGCCAUGACGGCCUUGUCGCAUCUGAUCUUGUUCGAUUCCAUCGGAGCACUCCUCUGUGUCGCGGUGGAUAUCCUCGGUAAUUUCGAGGUGUGGAAGAGAUCCAGCGUGCGACACCCGUUCGGGCUCGAACGGGCCGAGGUGCUCGCUGGGUUCGCCAUGUGCGUGCUUCUGCUCUUCAUGGGCAUGGACCUUAUAUCGCACAACCUUCAGCAUUUCUUAGAGUCAGCUGGCCAUGAACCGCACCAUUCCCACGUCCACGAGCGUGUGUCUCUAGGACGCGUGGAUUUUACUGCUCUGCUAGCUAUCGUCUCGACGCUGGUCUCCGCAAUUGGUCUCAAGAACCACGGGCGGAUCGGCAAGGCGAUGCGCUUCGGGUACAUCGAAUCGCUGCCGUCGGUUCUCAGCAACCCGUCCCACUUCCUGACGCUCUCGUGCUCAUCUUUGCUGUUGUUGCUGCCGCUCGUCUCCAUCAAACUCUACAAGUGGCUGGACGUGCUCCUGUCUGUGACCAUCUCCAUCUCGAUGUGUAUCAUCGGAGUGCGCUUGGUCAAGACCCUGGGGUCGAUGCUUCUCAUGUCUUACUCCGGUCAAGGAGUCACCGAUGUGAUGCGCGACAUUGAAACUGAUCCUUGUGUGCAUGGGGUCGAUGAUGCUAGAUUCUGGCAGGUGCAUUACGGCCUGUGUAUGGCGAAUUUGAAGCUCCGCGUGUCCGGCCCCGAGGAGAAUCUGUCACGCCUGCGCGAACGGAUCACUAGUCUGAUCAAGAACAGACUGGGCGGAGGCUAUGGGACUGGAGGGCAGAAAUGGGAGGUAUCGUUGCAAUUUGCGUCAGAGAAGGCAUGAUCAGGUAGC